GGAAACAUGGCGGCCAGCUUCCGCGGCCGUCCUAUCCGGAGUCUUCGGAUGCGAGGUCGGAAUGACAGCGGGGAGGAGAACGUACCGCUGGAUCUGACCAGAGAACCGUCAGAAAACUUCCGUGAAAUCCUUCAAAAUGUGGCCAAACCGCACGGAGUCAGUAACAUGCGAAAACUGGGCCACCUGAACAACUUCAUAAAGCUGCUAUGCAGCAUUAGCCACCGUGAGGAAAACUUUGGGUUUACAUAUGAAGAAAUCAUCAUCUGCCUGCGACUAGCUCUACUGAAUGAGGCAAAGGAAGUGCGUGCUGCGGGGCUGCGGGCGCUCCGCUACCUCAUCAGAGACACCACUGUGCUUCAGAAGGUCCUCAGACUACAGGUGGACUAUUUGAUAGCAAGAUGCAUUGACAUCCAGCAAAGCAAUGAGGGGGAGAGGACUCAGGCUCUAAGGCUAGUCCGAAAGAUUAUCACUGUCAAUGCCAUGCUGUUCCCCUCCUCUGUUGCAAACUCUCUAAUUGCCGUGGGCACUGAUGGACUACAGGAGAGAGACCGCAUGGUUCGCGCAGCCAUUGCCAUCGUAUGUGAGCUAGCCCUGAAGAACCCAGAGGUGGUGGCCAAACGCGGAGGCCUCAGCACCAUUCUGAAGAGUGUGAUUGACUGUCAGCUGAGUCGCAUCAACGAAGCUCUGAUCACCACCAUCCUACAUCUACUCAACCACCCACGUACCCGUCAGUACGUGCGGGUUGACGUCGAACUGGAGCAAAUCCUCGCGCCUUUCACAGAUUUUCACUACCGCCACAACGCAGACACGGCUGAAGGGCAACUCAAGGAGGACAGAGAGGCCCGUUUCUUGUCAAGUAGAAUGGCCAUAGUGGCAGCCUUUCGCUCCUGGUCUGGGAUUAUCAACCUAUGCAAGGCUGGAAAUUCUGGGAUCCAAUCUUUAAUUGGUUUACUUUGCAUACCAAAUAUGGAAGUUCGGAAAGGCUUGCUGGAGGUGUUAUAUGAGAUAUUCAGGCUCCCUGUGCCCAUUGUAACUCAAGACUUCACUGAAGCUCUUCUAAGUGUUGACCCUGCCAGGUUCCAGGACACAUGGAGACUGUCUGAUGGGUUCAUUGCUGCUGAGGCCAAAGUCGUCCUUCCCCAUCGGGCCCGCUCUAGGCCUGAUCUGAUGGACAACUACCUGGCAUUUGUUCUUUCUGCCUUCAUCACCAGUGGGCUGUUAGAGGGUCUUGUCGAAGUUGUGACCAGUAGCGAUGAUCAGCUUGCCGUGAGAGCCACCAUCCUCUUGGGAGAACUUUUACACAUGGCAAACACCAUCCUUCCCCAUUCCCACAGUCACCAUCUGCACUGCCUCCCCACCCUCAUCAACAUGGCAGCCUCCUUUGACAUCGCACAGCAGAAACGACUUCGGGCAAGUGCAGCAGUCAACAACCUGAAGCGUUUCCAUGAGAAGAAGAAGAAAGGUUUGAAACCUCACAGCCUUUACCUGGACCACAUCAUCCGCAAGUCUGUGUCGUCACAUAGCCGAAGAGAGUCACACUCUCGUGUCCACAGGGACAUCUACGUUAUAAAGGACACGGAAGAAGCACUGAUGAUGAACCUGAGAGACAGUCACAUCCUCAACCACAAGCAGAACCUGGAGUGGAACUGGUUGCUGAUUGCAACUAUCCUCAAGUGGCCACAUGUAAACCUCAGGAACAACAAAGAUGAACAUAUGCAUAAGUUUGUGCGGAGGCUGCUGUACUUUUAUAAGCCCAGUAGUAAAUUGUACGCAGGGCUGGCGUUGGAUCACCCAAAGGCCCGACAACUCACUGUGGUUGGCUGUCAGUUUAUCGAAUUCCUCAUGGAUUCCGAUGAGGACGGCCAGGGUUACCUGGAGGACCUGGUGAGGGACAUGGUGUCAUGGCUCUCCUCGUCCUCAGGGCUGAAGCCUGAGCGCUGUCUGCAAAGCAACGGCCUGCUCACCACACUCAGCCAACACUACUUCCUCUUCCUGGGGACGCUCUCUGCACACCCACAGGGAGUCAAACUGCUGGAGAAAUGUGGCCUGUUUCAGUGCCUGCUGAAUCUUUGCUCUGUGAAGAACCAGGAUGCUGUGCUGAAACUUGCUGUAUCCACACUGGACUACAGCAGAGACGGUCUGGCCAGAGUGAUCCUCUCCAAGAUCCUCACUGCUGCUACUGAUACAUGCAGGUUGUACGCCACCAAACACCUACGUGUGCUGCUGCGUGCAAGCGUGGAGUUUUUCAGCAGCUGGGGCAUGGAGCUGUUGGUCACACAGCUUCAUGACCACAGCAAGGCUGUGUCCAUGGAGGCCCUGGACAUACUGGACGAGGCUUGCGAGGACAAGGCCAACCUCCACGCUCUCAUUCAGCUCAAGCCAGCUCUGUCCCACCUGGGAGACAAGGGCCUCCUGCUGCUCCUCAGGUUCCUGUCCAUUCCUAAAGGUUUCUCCUACCUCAAUGAGAGGGGUUACGUCAGCAAACAGCUGGACAAAUGGCAGAAGGAAUACAACCUAAAGUACGUGGACCUGAUAGAGGAGCAGCUCAACGAAGCACUAACGACCUACCGCAAACCUGUUGAUGGAGACAACUACGUCAGACGCAGCAACCAAAGGUUACAAAGACCAAAUGUCUAUCUCCCUGUGCACUUGUAUGGUCAGCUGGUCCAUGAUAAGACAGGCUGUCAUUUAUUGGAGGCUCAGAGUGUGGUUCCUGACCUCAGCUAUACAGUUCGCUCCCCGAUGCUGGACACCUGGGAGGGCAUUAAACAGCUGAAGGCUGCUCUCUGGGCCCUGGGCAACAUUGGCUCUUCAAACUGGGGUCUGAAUCUCCUGCAGGAGGAGAAUGUCAUUCCUGAUAUCCUCGCAUUGGCUCAGCACUGUGACGUGCUGUCAGUACGAGGGACAUGUGUUUAUGUGCUUGGUGUGAUCUCCAAGACUAGGCAGGGUUGUGAGGUGUUGAAGCAGUAUGGUUGGGAUGCAGUCAGACACAGUCGCAGGACGCUGUGGCCUGUCACUCCAGAAGAGGUCGAUGCACAGCUGACCUCUGAACUCUCCUCAGUACCAAGCACGCUCAGUCUGAACUCUGAAUCCACCAGCUCGCGCCACAACAGUGAGAGCGAGUCUCAACCAAACAUGUACAUCCUGGACGAUGACAAGUGUGAUGUUCUGGACCAGUCAGAUGAGCCCUCUUUCUAUCUACACUCCAAACCAGUCAAAGACCGCAGCCCCUUCACAAUUCUGGCCUCUACACGCUUCGUACGCACUCGCUUCCUCAACUCCCUGUCCCUCCCCAGCAAGAAGCUGCGCUCCACCAGCGACCCCAAGACCCCAUCCGGCUCUCGCACCCCUACUGAGCUCAAGACUGGGAGUAUGAGGCGGAACAGGACAGUGACGGAGCCCUCUGUCUACAGCCCAAACCAGGGGGACGUCUUCACCCCUGUGUUUAAUGGCAGGGGAAUGCCGAAGAGUCCCACAGUAAGUCUGGAGACAUCCUUUGUCGGGACCAGGGGGGGCUCUGAGGAGCAGCUCGUGGACGGCAGGCUGGCCAGGGGAGGAGGCUCAGGCCUUGGACUAAGUGCUCUUGGAGGGCAUGGGGCUGUGGAGCACCCCAGCCGGGAGAGGGAGCAGAGCAGUCGAGAGCGUCUAGCAGGAGACGGUGGCUCCUCAUCCAGCGGAGGCAAUGUGGGAGGAGGCGGAGGGGGCGGAGGAGGUACGCAAUUUAAAAGCCGCAGUCAGAGCUUUAACACGGACACCACAACCAGCGGCAUCAGCUCCAUGAGCUCCAGCCCCUCCAGGGAGACUGUUGGAAACCCUGAGCAUCCUGAACCCGAACCCGACUCCUCUGACUGUGUGAGCCUCAACACAGUGGUGUCGGCCAAGACUGUCAAAACGCUCUCUUCCCUCACCCCGCAGUCUGAGACCAACCACAUGUCCACGUCUAAGUCCUCCACUGUCUCUCUGGUACCGCCCGGCUCCUCGCACACUCUCCCCCGCCGAGCUCAGUCUCUCAAGUCUCCUUCAGUAACAACCAUCAAGAGCCUGGCUGACUGUAGCUUCAUGUACACCAGCCCACGAGAUGCACUGGGCUACGCUACGCUGAAGAGGCUGCAGCAGCAGAGGAUACACCCGUCUUUGUCUCACAGUGAAGCGUUGGCUUCACCAGCCAAAGACGUGCUGUUUACAGACACCAUCACUAUGAAGACCGGCAGCCUGGACUCCAGAUUAACACCUCGCAGGAUAUCAAAUAGGAGGGGUACCUGUCCAGAGCCGAGCUCCUUAAGUCCAUACCGCAGGCUGUCCAGAACAAUUGUACCGCGGUUUCUGAAGGCACUUAGCUUUGCCUCUCUGGAUAAAGAGGAACUGCUCAGUCCCAUCAACCAAAGCACUCUACACCGCUGCUCCUCAGUGCGCUCAAUGGUCUCAAGUGCCACCUUUGGGUGUAGCGAUGACUAUGUUGGCCUAGCGCUGCCCAUGGACAUCAACGAUAUGUUCCACAUCAGAGACUCGGCCUACUUUCAGCAGAGGAUCAGCCCGCCGUCGGAAGAGCGGAAACGCUUCCUCUUUGGCGAUGGAGAUGGUGAUCGCCCUGCUCUUCCAGCACUUAAGCAACAGUUCAGCAUCUCUGAGCUGAUUGUGUGUCGAGGUGACACGCAGAACCACACGGUGGGUGCAGAGGAGACAGGACUGCAGGAACACACUGAAGAAAACUGCCUCUACUGUGUAGGAGCCAUCGUCCUUGGAUACCCCACACAGCCACAGAUCAACAGCACACACCCUCGGACAGACUAUGUUGACUUCCCAUCAUGGGGAGGGCAGAGCGGCCAUCGCCUGGAGGUGAUGCCCCAGUCUAAGUUCUCUGGGGUGUCGGGCUGCAGCGACGCUGCUGUGUCACAAGGCUCAAUCUGUAGCACGCCCACACCUGCUGACAUUGUCAUAGGUGGCAAGGCCAUAUCAGAAGAUGGCCCCGCCUCCCGAGUCCUGCUGAGGAAGGAGGUGCUCCGCCUCAUCAUCAACCUCAGCUCCUCUGUAGGAACCAAAGGCCACGAAACAGGACUACUGACGAUAAAGGAGAAGUUCCCCUACGCAUUUGAUGACAUCUGCCUGUACUCCGAGGUCUCCCACCUCUUAGCCCACUGUAUGUUUCGCCUCACCUCAAGACGCUUCAUACAGGAACUCUUCCAGGACGUGCAAUUCAUGCCGAUGUAUGAGGAAGCAGAGGCAAUCCUGACAAAACUACCAAAACCUGUUGAAGAGGACAGUGACCCUCCUGCAGAAUCCUGAUCAUCCUCCCCCUCGUGUUCCCUGCAAAGCCCCGGUCCUGCCACCCUACAAACAUAAAAAAAUGACUGAGAGAUAUAAGGUCGGGGAGGCGUCUGGCAUGUUUCUGUUGCUCAAAACAGAGUACCAUAGCCGAGGAAGAGGAGGAGGUGGUCAUCGCUCGCCUAUCUUGGAAACAAAGGCUGUCGGUAUAUGUAAACAAAAUUACCCCGACUUGCCUAAUGCUGUUUCAAACUCUUUUUUUUUUCGAACAGGAAAAAGGGGGAGCAGUUUAACCAAAUACUGUUUUCAGAUGGGUCGGCAAUCUCGAGCAACACUCAAUAAUACAUCAACAUAAUGCUAAAGGACAAGCUGGAUCAUUAAGACAAAGACUCACGUUGUGUUUAAAAGAAGAAAAAAUAAUUCUAUCAACAUUUUAACUCUUUCCAGAGGUGGUGUUUUUCUGUAAUGAAAUGAAUAAGGCAUGUCGUUGUGUCUACCCAGUGAUUCCUCAGACCCCACAUUCUUUUCUCCUUACGAUACAAAACACUACAGAAGGGUCCUGCUGUUUUUAAAACUUACCUGGAGCCUUCCUGGUUCACAUCCCACCCCGACUUGUGAUCUGUUCUAGCCAGAUAAUGUGCUUUUGCUUCUCUUGCCUCACCACUUCCUACAACCUGUAGCCUCUUGUCAGCACAGACAGCCAAUUACUUUUCUAUUUCUUGUAUCUCAGACAAUCAAACAUCACUAGUAUUGUAUUUUCUAAAGCACUAUAUAUGCCACCCUAACACAGUACAUGAGGAGAAUAGCAUGUAACUUAAUGCUAGUUUAUGCCAUCCUUUACUUGCUUAGGACCUUUAAUGUUUUUCUUCAGCCAUUGCAUUAUUAGUAAGCUUCUCAGGAGGUGGGUCGAUCUCUUGGAAAGAUGCUCGGUUGUACAAGUUUAUCUGUAGAAUGAUUCAUUACAGAUUUAGUACCAAACUCUGCUUACAAAACGUCUCCAAAACCUGUGUAAGCCGAGCAGCCACCCAACUCUAUGCCUUCUUACCUCUGUGCUUCACUUCCACUGCAUGUGCAACAAGCAUGGCAAAGUUGUAAUGUCACCUUAACGUGUUUCUUGCUUGUAAAACUUUAAAAGAAAAAAAAAAAAAGAACAAUAGGUUGCCAUUACAUGCUGCCAUUACAUUGUAGGAAUAUAAUUACCCCUGAAUCUGUUUCCACAAUGCAAUAUCACUGUCUGUCAUUGGCUGAGAUGGAGGAGGGGGGGAAGCGGUGUGAUGACUAAAGGAUUUGUAAAAGGUUUCCAGGGAAACGGGGGAUCUCUGUUUCCAUUGGCUUGUUUUUGCUAUAAUGCUGCUAAACAAAUGGACUCAUAGAGAGAUGAUUCAUAGAUCAGCUGAGUGAUGUCAGAUCCGAUCUAUUUAUUAUAUGUCUGUACCAUAGAGUGAGCUCAACCAGAGAAGAAAAAAAAAGUUAUUUAUAUUUUUUCCUCAAGACUGUAUUAUAAUUUAAAAAGAUUUUUUUCUUUUCUUUUUUUUUUGCCUGAAUCGUGGUUUCCCUUGUAUAAUGUGUACAGUAUGUUUUUGGGGGCAUUGAUGACCUAAAGAAACAUACAAUCCUAUCAAAGGGAUGCAUUGUUAAUAAAACAAAAUUUGAAA